AUGUAGUUUAGUAACAAUAUUAAUGUUAAUAUACAGUUAUAUCGAGUAAGGUACAAAUGCUCUAAAAUUCCACUUAACUAUAAUAAGGGAGAAUUAACUACUUCGCACCCUUGUCUGCAACCCAGCCUGUAGAGGAGGGCUGGAGCCGAUCCCAGCAGCACAGGACUCAAGGCAAUCACCACGGACAGAAUGCCAGUCCACAAACAUGGGAAUUUAGAGACUCCAGCCGACAUAACACCCACGCCUUCGGAAGGUGUAAGGAAACCGGAGAACACCGCGGAAACAGGCGCACUGAGAGGUUCUACAGACCUGGAAAAGGGGGAUGAGGGGGAGCAGAGACAGAAAGCGGAAACAGAUACAGUAGAGCAGUAGAGCAGGAGGGGGAGACAGAGAGAAACUGCAGCCCGACACAAAAUGGCUACGGUCUCCUCCAGCAUGAACAUUGUGCUGUUUGGGUACCAGGGCUCUGGCAAGAGCUCAUCCUGUAUCUCCAUCAUUGGCCAAGAGGAGUUCCAUGGCACACAGCCCACCAAAGAGCCCCUCCUCUGCACAAAGACGCUUGACUGCAAGAAGCUCACGCUGGUUGACACCCCUGGAUGGAACCUGGAGGAUGACAAUGCAGUUGCCAUGGAGAAACUGGACGGGGAGAGCUAUACAUCUGCCCACAUCAGACACCUGUGCUACCCAGGUGUGCACACCCUGCUGCUGGUCAUCCCCAUUGGGGAGCCCUUCACUGAGCGGCACAGGCAGGGCAUGGUGGAGCGCCUGGAGACCGCAGGGACAGACGUGUGGAAGUUCUCCAUGGUGCUGUUCACUGGUGCUGACCGGCUGUGGGGCAACGGGGUUGAGGAGUUUAUCGCGGAAGGGGGCUCGGCCCUCCAGAGGCUGGUAGAGAGAUGCAGGAACAGGUACCAUGCUCUGGAUAACACCUGCUCGGAGAACAGCACACAGGUCAGAGAACUGCUUCAGAAGGUAGAAGACAUGGUGCAGGAGAACGAGGGCUCAUUCUUCAUGAUGGAUGAUGGUAUUCGGGCUCCCUGGUCUGGACAGAUCCCAGAACGAGAAGUGGGGAUGAUCACCAGUGAUGUGGUGUCACCAAUAUUUAGAUCACCACCACGAGAGUUGAGGAUGGUGUUAGUAGGGUGGCAAGGUGCCGGGAAGAGUUCAGCAGGAAAUGUGAUCUUGGGUGGACGUAGGUUUGAGUCAGGUUGCCGCACCGAGGUCUCGUCGCGCCAGCAGGCAUACGUGAGUGGCUGGCGCAUCACUCUCGUGGAUACUCCAGGCUGGGAUUGGUUUUCCUUCCGGCGGACUCCGGUGCAUGUCAGGAAGGAGAUCAAAAGAGGGGCACGACUGCUUCACCCUGGCCCACAUGCCCUCCUUUUGGUCAUCCCUGUAAUAUCUACCCUCACAUCCAGAAAGAGGCGUGCUCUGGAGAACCACCUGGAGAUGUUUGGAGAGGAGGCAUCUCUUCACACGAUCGUGCUGUUCUCUUGUGGCGAUUGGCUGGGCUGUACACCAAUUGAGGAGCACAUCCAAAGGGACGGUGGGCAGUACCUGAAUCUGAUAGAGCACUGCUUGAACUACUAUCAUGUGUUGGACAGCGCCACUGCAACCAGAGGCCAAGAUCAGGUCACUGAACUUCUGCUUAAAGUGGAGGAAAUGGUGGCUCAGAAUGAAGGAAGACCAUUCCUCCCCGUCAAGUUAAAUGAAGAACAGGAGGAUGAGGCAAUGUGUGGAAAAUGCGCACUCCUGUGAACAAACGAAUGGCAUGUCUUAGAACUCAAAUUCAAUUAAAUUGCAGUUAUGCAGAAGAGAAAAAAAUAUAAAUAAAUGAACUUAAAUGAGUUUUGUCAGUGAGUUCCCUCACUAGACUGGUCUUAUAAGGGUUUAUGAAGACAUAUUAAUUUGGAAUUGUUUACCUUAACUUUUGUAAAGGUGUCAUUAUUAAGGUAUUUAUUUUUCUGAAUUGCAUACAGGACUAUGUAGCUGCAUGUUUUCAGCAAUAUACAAAUAUGUCACAUUUGCCAUGACUACACAUAUCUCCCAGAUUGAUUAACCAGCCUGAAGGGAAACACAUGUUGUUAACACUUUUGCUACUGCGUACUUUGCACUUGAUAUUUUCAAAUGAAUAAAGUUUGAUUUUUAAAGUCAA